AUGAACACCCCUUUCAUUAACUUUGGAGGUAUGGGGCCCAGGUUUUCGUGCCGUGCGUGUGGUGUUGGGACUGGCCAUGCCACGGCCACCGCGGUGCUCCCCGGGAGCUCUUCAAAAGAUCCCGACCCCCCGGCUCGAGUUGGCCGUCGCAUACGGUACGGCACUGGCCUCUGGUGCUGGUACCGUGUACCCAAGGCAGCGAGCACAGGCAGCACACGACCCAAGUCCCAGGUGACAGAGUCCGGCAUAGCGGCGGCCACUCCCUUGCCAGAGCCAGGACUUCAGAUGACCAGCGGAGCCCUUUUUUGUCAUCAUGAGGAGCCAGGGGGUGUGGGCCCAGCAGCCCCUUAUCCAGCCAAUAGGCCGCCGUCCCUACCCGUCGGGACGACGCCAUCUGCCACAUGUCAACUUUGUCUGCCGAGUCUCCCCUUCAAUCUCAGCCCUACAUCCCAACGCUGUGGAUAG